AUGGCACUAGAUUCAAAAGAAAACACCAACGACCCCGACACCAUCUUCAAAACCGGCCUGCUAGCCGAAAUACACACCGAAAACCCAGCCCCCAACCCCGUAACCCGCUUCCCGCCAGAACCAAACGGCGUCCUCCACCUCGGGCACGCAAAAGCAAUCGCCAUAAACUUCGGAUUCGCAGCGUACCACGGCGGCAUCUGCUACCUGCGCUAUGAUGACACGAACCCCGCGAACGAGGAGGAGAGGUACGUCACGGCCAUCGCGGACAUGGUGAAAUGGUUAGGGUUUGAACCGGCGAUGGUCACGUCCUCGAGUGAUUACUUUGAGCGGCUUUAUGAGAUGGCUGAGGAGUUGAUUAGGCGGGAUGGGGCCCGAUCCUCCGCUGAUGAUAUUAUGGUAGAGAAUGAGAUUGCUCAACAGCGCGGCAGCGGCAAGGGGGGGCCCCGCUACGCAUGUCGGCACCGGAAUCGCCCUGUGGCUGAAUCUCUGCGCGAGUUUAGAGCCAUGCGUGAUGGGAAGUAUGCGCCCCAAGAGGCUCUCCUACGACUAAAGCAGGACCUCGAGUCCGGGAACCCGCAGAUGUGGGAUCUAACCGCGUACCGUGUCAUUGAUGUGGAUGGCAAAGUGGAAGGCAGUACACGGAGUGAAUGUGAUAGGGAUGGUAAAUGGAGAAUCUACCCAACGUACGACUUUGCGCAUUGCUUGGUCGAUAGUCUCGAGGGCAUAACGCACUCGCUGUGCACGAUGGAGUUCGAGCUCUCGAGGGUUUCGUAUGACUGGCUUUGCGAGAGACUUGGUGUUUACAGGCCGAUGCAGAGAGAAUACGCCCGCCUCAACCUCUCCGGCACCGUCCUCUCAAAACGCAAAACCCAAGCCCUCAUCUCCGCCGGGCACGUCCACGACUGGGACGACCCGCGCCUCUACACGCUCAUCGCCCUGAAACGCCGCGGCGUCCCACCAGGCGCUAUCCUCUCCUUCGUGAACGGGCUCGGCGUCUCAAAGGCAACCACUACAAUACCCAUCCAGCGAUUCGAGCAGAGCGUGCGGCGGUACCUGGAGCGGAGUGUGCCGCGCCUAAUGCUCAUUCUGGAUCCGGUCCCUGUGGUCAUUGAGAAUCUUGAUGAUGAGUAUGUUGAAAUGGUUGAGGUCCCGUUUUCGAGGGAGGAUGGGUUCGGUGUGCACUUUGUGCCGUUUACCAGGACGGUCUAUGUCGAUCGAGAUGAUUUUAGAGAGGCGGGCAGUAUAGAUUUCUUCCGGCUGGCGACGGGACAGUCGGUGGGCUUGAUGAGGGUGCCGUAUCCCGUUACUGCGACCGGUUUCGAGAAGGAUCCGUGCACUGGACUGGUUACGUUGAUACGGGCUCGUUAUGACAAGCCCACGGACGGCAAGACGUUCAAGAAGCCAAAGGCAUAUAUCCACUGGGUUGCGGAAUGCCCAUCGCUCAACAGUCCCCUCAAGGCCACAGUCCGCACCUACAAUCCCCUCUUCACAGUCGACAAUCCAGACUCUCAUCCACAGGGCUUUCUCUCUGUUGUUCGUCCACACUCAGAGAAUGUCUACCCGAGUGCACUUGUCGAGGUGGGUCUGAAGGAAAUCAUCCGCAGCGCUCCGUGGCCGAAAUCCCACCCUGGGCACCCAUUAGGAGGGCCAGCACAAGAAACGGGUGCAACUUUAGCAUUUGACAUGCCGGAAACUGUGCGUUUCCAGGGACCUCGAGUGGGGUAUUUCUGUUUGGACCGCGAUAGUUCUGAUGGCGGCAUCGUUCUGAAUCGAAUUGUGACGCUCAAGGAGGACGCGAGGAAAUAG